AUGGCAAAAAUCCCCUAUGCAUCAGUCGUGGGGAGCUUGAUAUAUGCACAGAUUUGCACGAGGCCAGAUAUUAGUUUUGCAGUUGGCAUGCUUGGGCGCUACCAAAGUAACCCAGGGAUGUCUCAUUGGAAAGCAGCAAAGAGGGUAUUGCGAUAUUUGCAAGGAACUAAGGACUACCAGCUUACCUUCAGAAGAACUGACAUUUUAGAGGUAACUGGAUACUCAAACUCUGAUUUUGCUGGUUGCUCUGAUAGCAGGAAAUCCACUUCAGGUUAUGUUUUCCUGCUGGCUGGUGGAGCGAUCUCAUGGAGAAGUAUGAAGCAAACCAUCACUGCUUCAUCUACAAUGGAGGUUGAGUUUGUGGCAUGCUUUGAGGCCACAGUACAUGGUUUAUGGCUGAGGAACUUUAUUUUAGGGCUUGGAGUUAUCGACUCUAUAGCCAGGCCGCUGAGAAUUUAUUGUGAUAAUUCCUCUGCAGUAUUUUUUUCCAAGAACGAUAGGUAUUCUAAAGGUGCCAAGCACAUGGAGCUCAAAUACCUAAGCGUUAAGGAGGAAGUACAGAAACAAACAGUGUCCAUAGAACAUAUUAGUACUAUGCUUAUGAUAGCAGACCCAUUAACAAAGGGUCUAGUAGCAAAGCUAUUUAAGGAACAUGUUGAUAGAAUGGGUCUUAUGAUAUGA